AUGAGUCAAACAGCAGUGUUAAUAUGUGUUUGUGUAGGUGCAGCUACUUGUGCGAUUAUCGACUUCAAAGAUCAAGUUACUACAGCUAAAAGACAAGUUGAAAAAGUUUUUUACACGUUUAGAAAGUUUCCUGAAGACCUAGUGUUUAGUGAAGUUGAUUUUGACGAUGGGAAUAUACAAAAACGACAAGUUAUAAAUGGCAAUGGUUGCCCAAGAAACCAAGCGUGGCUUAUAAAUCGAUGUGUGCCUUGCGAAGUAUACCUGGAGAAUCGUGACCCACCAUGUCCCCCGGUCAAAUAA